ACAAAUGUUAUGCAUCAUCCUAAGUUUUAUUCCAAACAAACAAAGAAACAAAGAUUGACCCUGUGAGUACAACAACAGCUGCAUCAGCUUGUUUUGAACGCCAACCAAAGCUCACUUUCUUUUGUUACUUCUUUCGCAUCAAUACCCAGACGCCAUGAUAUUCGUUGAUGGCAAUUCGUUCUCUACUCCUUCAUCCUCACCAUCUCAACCUGAGGGAGAUGACAUUCUACUUGCUUUGCUGGAAAAUCCCAAUCUGAUAUCAGCCACAAGUUCUUUUAAGGCUAACUCGGAGAGGAAGUUCUUAGCAUCUGAUGAGUCUGGUUCAGAGAGAUCAAAGUGGGUUUAUAUAUUCCAGAAAGAAUAUGCUACAGUUGACCCUGCCCUCGUUGAUUUUGUUGGCACUGAUGAAGCAACAACGUGUGUUGGCCUUGUUAUUCGGAACCAAAAAAAUGGAAUGACAUCAGUUGCUCAUAUGGAUUCGCCAAAUAUUGUAGAAAUGGGCCUUUCCCAAAUGUUAUCAUCACUUGUUGCAAACAGUUUGGAGACCGAGUUCGAUGUGCAUCUCAUAGGGGGGUUUGAAGAAGUGUCACUGCAACAGGCAAAUGGUAGCGCAAUAUCAGAAAGCCCAGCAUAUUUGGAUGGUUAUUCCUUUCCUUUGUGUUCAAAGAUUGUUCAUACUCUAUGGUCAAGACAUGAGAAGUUUCACCUCCGAACGUUAUGUGUUCUUGGGCAUAAUACCAGAAGAGAUUCUGAUGGAAACACAUACCCCUUUUUCAAUGGAUUUGCGGUGGAGACUGCAUCUGGUAUAGUCAUCCCAGCUAUUUUUGAUGGAACUUCAAGAUGUCCAGAUGAGAUUGUCAGAAGAAUACGAGUAUCUGUUUCUUAUGAAGAUGCCAAUUGGAAUGAAAAGUUACUAGAAACAUAUGAUUGUGGCUCUGACUGUUUCAAAAUUGCUCCUUGUCGCUGGACUCUUCGUCAAUAUCAUAUUGCUUUAUCACUUCUGAAUUGUUCUGAUUCGGAAAUUCUUUCAACGUGUUCAACUUCACCUACUGCUGAGGCGCCAGAUUUUGUGGAUAAUUUAAGAAGGCAGUGGACUUAUUUGAUCGAGCAUCCACACUGGACAGAAACCUUUCCUACGAAGCAGGCUCGCACUUUUGCUAGAAGUUCUGAUGGAAAAUGGAUAAGGUGCUAAUCCUUUUCAAUAAUUGGAUUAGCUUGUCAUAACGUUUUAUUUGUCAUUCAUGGAAGUUAUCGAAUUGCAGACAAGAGGUUUAUGGUGUCUUAGUUUAGUUUUAAAAUAGUAUAGUAUGUGAAAUUAGCAUUGUUUCGAGAAGAAGUUCUGCUAAGGAGAACAUUAGGAAUCUGAUUUUUCCUGAAGUUCCUAGAAACUGAUAAGUGGAACAAAAAUGAGGUAAAGAUUAGCCAUUAUUUGUGAAGCUCUAUCAUAAGCUUAGGAUAUGGUAAAAAAAACAUGUUCUUUAAUACAUUAUUUCAAACACCGUUUUCUAUUGAUUGAAAUUAUUAGGACUUAAAAUACUACGAGGUCCUCACUUUCUUCUGAAUGUAAUGCAGCUAAUGAAUGUGUUGAAAAUUGUGUUUCAAAGAUUAUGUUAUCAUUC